AUGCCUGUGCUUGCGUCGGGAGCCGCCGCUUCGGCGGCAGCAACCGCAGCAGCCACCGGCGCCUUCACGUACAACCGAGCCAACUACCUCUUUGAUGCCGGCCUUCGAUUCUCCCGGUACACAGCUGGGUACAACUUUGCCAUGGCACAGGCAACGCAGUACCGACAAGAUAUCCGAGAUCUUACAGCCCUGACCGUUACCAAGAUGGAUACCUACCAUGUGAUCGGCGUGAUCUUUUUCGUGUUGAAUUUCCAAUUGAUCAUGGCUGGACGUCUCGGCGUCCACGGCCCAUCCCCUCCUGGGUAUAUCAUGGGCAUCUACUGGGUGUGCUCCACAAGUGCUCUCAUGUUCCUCUGCGUGCUCAUUUGGUUCACCCUGCACGCAUCAGCUCGCGCCACCGCUGGCAUGGCCCACAUGUUGACGCGCAGCGUGCGUCUGCCCAUCCCUACACCCAAGCAGCUUGACAAGGCGCGACGCACUGGAAAUAUGUUUGAGAAGCAACGGGUCACGGACGUCUUCCGAGUUCCCUUCGUGGUGCCUGCACCCAAGGAACCCUCGGCGGAGGAGGGCGCCGACCCGGCCAAGAAGAACGCCGCACCUCCGCAGGGGAAGAGCGGCACCCAGCGCAGGAUGCCGAAGUGGUACCAAGACGAGACGAAGGAUCUCCACAGCUCGAAGGGUGGAGCACCGGCAGCCACCCGGGGUGCGAAUCCAGAGCACUUCGAGCUCUACCGCGGCCUGCAACAGGAAUGGGCCGUGCAUGACUGCUACGCUCGCAUUGGCAUCCUCUAUUUCUUCUCUCAUUGGAUCACGGCAGCGGCGAUCUACACUCAGUGCCAUUGCUUCGGCGAGCUGCGCGCGAUCUGGCCGGCCUGGAGCGCAAGCACGGUCUUCUGCGUGGCGCAUUGGUGCAUGCUGAAACUGGACAUCCAGGAGGAGUCCGACAGCAAGUUCCUGGCACAGAUUCCCAUUGAGAAUGCCGUGCCCUUCACGCCGAUUCUCCUGGUGGCUGCUAUGAGCCUGGACUACUCCGUGCUGGUGCCCAACGACGGAUGGAUUGCCCUCAUCUACGUCAUCGCAUGGGUGGCGUACAUCAUCCACUUCGUGUGGGCUUUGAGGCUCUUCGAGCUUGCCAUGCCGCAUCCGCAGGCAGAUCCGCCCGAGGUUGCCGGCAAGCCAUGGACGCCCGGUGAGUGGUGGCUGCCUCGUGCAUUCGCCAGCACUGUCUACAUCGUGGCACCACCGAAGCAGCUCGAACCUGGAAACGUUUGCUUGCAGCAGGAGAUGAAGGCAGCCAAGGGUGGCAAGGGAGCCACUGUGCCACAAAAGAAGGCCCGCGAGUCCGGCCCGAUGCUCUACCCGUGGAAGCUCUUCCGUGGGGCCAUCCUCACCAACAUCAGCCUGUGGAUCUUCAUCAUGUUCGGCCGUGUCUUUGACCAGGUGCACGGCGAGCGGCAGCUGCUGAAGCAGGAGGGGCGCGUGAUGCGCUGGCCCUCCCACAUGCAGCCCUGGACGACGCCCUGGACCCGCAACGGCACACGCAACGAAUGGGCCCACACUGGUGGCUCAGAUCGCCGGCUGAUGGACCAACCAUACUUCGUCCGGCAGGACGAGAAGGUCUCGGCCGUAGCCGAGCGCCUCGCCGCAUCCUUGGGAGCCUUGGCCGAGGCGCUGGAGGAGCGCGAGGAGGUGUCAUCCCACGCCCCGGGCUUCCAUGGCGGCGUGGCCACCUUUGCAGAGGAUCUGCUGCGGCCCCUCUCCCACGAAGGGCACGGAGCCCUCAUCCACUUGCCGAAGGAGGUUUCUGUGAAGCUUUCCACCAAGAUCCAUAGCAAGUUCAUCCUUGAAGGGCUUCAAACCUUGGGCUCGGUGCUCGGGGCCUCCUGGACACCACGCGGCCUGCUGGUUGCCACGGACUCGGGGGCCGUGGCAGAGUGCGGCGGGCUGCCUGACCAGGGGCGGUGGCCUUGCCAGCAGGUUGCCGAUCGGCUGCCCUUCGGCCGCCUGUCUGCUGCUGCCGCCGUUCGGCUUCCCGGCGGAUCUUUCCGCGCUGCUGUGUCUGCACAGGGCGAAGAUGAGGUCGUCGUCCUGGAGGCCGACUUCCAUGGGAAAUCCUGGACUCCCGCCGGGGAGGUGCGCCUCCCGCACGAGAAGAUGAGCCAUCGCUUCUCCUUCGACGCGCAAGGUGACGAGCUGCUUGCCUCCUCGCACCACGGUGCCUUGAAGUGGCGCCUCGGGGAUCUCAAGUGA